UCGGCGCGCCCCUUCUUCGCCGCCCUUCCGCACCGCCUCUGAGGCCCUUCCGGUCUCCGAUUGCUACUCACCUGAAGGCCCCUCUUGUGCUGCAGCCUGGAGUACGCCGGGUCUGCCCUGGGGACGGAUUUCGCGAGGCGUCGGGGUCCCAGGAGCCCGACCGAUUCCGGCCAUGGCGAGUAGCGGCGCCAGGUACCGGCUGAGCUGCUCGCUCCCGGGGCACGAGCUGGACGUGCGGGGCCUGGUGUGCUGUCUAUAUCCGCCGGGGGCCUUUGUGUCCGUGUCCCGAGACCGCACCACCCGCCUCUGGGCGCCGGACAGUCCUAACAGGGGUUUUACAGAAAUGCACUGUAUGAGUGGCCACUCUAAUUUUGUAUCUUGUGUAUGCAUCAUACCCUCAAGUGACAUAUACCCUCAUGGACUAAUUGCCACUGGAGGAAAUGACCACAAUAUUUGUGUUUUCUCACUGGACAGUCCGGUGCCACUUUAUAUUUUAAAAGGUCACAAAGAUACAGUUUGCAGUCUUUCAUCUGGAAAAUUUGGAACAUUACUUAGUGGCUCAUGGGACACCACUGCUAAAGUCUGGCUGAAUGACAAAUGCAUGAUGACCUUACAGGGUCAUACAGCUGCAGUAUGGGCAGUAAAGAUUUUACCUGAACAGGGCUUAAUGUUAACUGGAUCAGCAGACAAGACUAUUAAACUGUGGAAGGCUGGAAGAUGUGAGAGAACUUUUUCAGAUUUUGUGACAACAGGAGAAGACAGAUCUCUGAGGAUAUGGAAACAUGGGGAAUGUGCUCAAACAAUUCGACUUCCAGCUCAGUCCAUAUGGUGCUGCUGUGUGCUAGACAAUGGUGAUAUUGUGGUUGGUGCAAGUGAUGGUAUUAUUAGAGUAUUUACAGAAUCAGUGGAUCGCACAGCAAGUGCUGAGGAAAUCAAGGCUUUUGAAAAAGAGCUGUCUCAGGCAACCAUUGAUACCAAAACUGGUGAUUUAGGGGACAUUAAUGUUGAACAGCUUCCUGGGAGGGAACAUCUGAAUGAAGCUGGCACUAGGGAAGGACAGACUCGUCUCAUCAGAGAUGGGGAAAACGUUGAAGCCUUUCAGUGGAGUGUUAGUGAAGGGAGGUGGAUGAAAAUUGGUGAUGUUGUUGGCUCAUCUGGUGCUAAUCAGCAAACAUCUGGAAAAGUUUUAUAUGAAGGGAAAGAAUUUGAUUAUGUUUUCUCAAUUCAUGUCAAUGAAGGUGGACCAACAUAUAAAUUGCCAUAUAAUAUCAGUGAUGAUCCCUGGAUGACUGCAUAUAACUUCUUGCAGAAGAAUGAUUUGAAUCCCAUGUUUUUGGAUCAAGUAGCUAAGUUUAUUAUUGAUAACACAAAAGGUCAAAUGUUGGGUCUUGGGAACACCAGCUUUUCAGAUCCAUUUACAGGUGGUGGUCGGUAUGUGCCAGGCUCUUCUGGAUCUUCCAGUACAGUGCCAACAGCAGAUCCUUUCACAGGUGCUGGUCGUUAUGUGCCAGGUUCUGUAAGUACGACCGCUGCUGUUACUGGAGUUGAUCCAUUUACAGGUAACAGUGCCUACCAGUCAGCUGGAUCUAAAACAGUGAAUAUUUAUUUCCCUAAAAAAGAGGCUGUCUCUUUUGACCAAGCAAACCCUACACAAAUAUUAGGAAAACUGAAGGAACUUAAUGGAACUGCACCUGAAGAGAAGAAGUUAACUGAGGAUGACUUGGUGCUUCUUGAAAAAAUACUUUCUCUAAUAUGUGACAGUUCUUCAGAAAAACCCACAGCCCAGCAACUGCAGAUAUUGUGGAAAGCUAUUAACUGGCCUGAAGACAUUGUGUUUCCUGCACUGGACAUUCUUCGAUUGUCAAUUAAGCAUCCCAGUGUGAAUGAGAACUUUUGCAAUGAAAAGGAAGGGGCUCACUUCAGCAGACAUCUUAUCAGUCUUCUGAACCCUAAAGGAAAGCCAGCAAACCAGCUACUUGCUCUCAGGACUUUUUGCAAUUGCUUUGUUGGCCAGGCAGGACAAAAGCUCAUGAUGUCCCAGAGGGAAUCACUAAUUUCCCAUGCAAUAGAACUGAAAUCAGGGAACAAUAAGAACAUUCAUAUUGCUCUGGCUACACUGACCUUGAACUAUUCCGUUUGUUUUCAUAAAGACCAUAACAUUGAAGGAAAAGCUCAAUGCUUGUCAGUAAUUAGCACAAUCUUGGAAGUUGUACAAGACCUGGAAGCCACUUUUAGACUUCUUGUGGCUCUUGGGACACUGAUCAGUGAUGAUUCAAAUGCUGUACAGUUAGCCAAAUCUUUAGGUGUCGAUUCACAAAUAAAAAAGUAUGCCUCAGUAUCAGAACCAGCUAAAGUAAAUGAGUGCUGUAGAUUUAUCCUAAAUUUGCUGUAGCAAUGGGGAGAGAGACUGAGAUUAGUUUAGUGGUCUUUUUUUCUUAUAUUUUACAUGACUGGUUACAGAUAAUAAAAGGAAAAGGAAUACUGUGGAUUAAGUACAAUUUCAGAACUUGUAAAGUGGUGGGGAGGGGAGAAAACGGAGAAAUAAAAUUUUUGCACUGAU